AUGCGCUGUCUGGGCGGCAGCGAGAUCCACCGGAUCGCUGCGACCGUUGCCCGAGCGCGUCUGUUUUCUUCAUCGCGCCCGUACAACCCUAACGUCGUCAACGAAUGCGUCAAUCCGAAGCCUGGGAGACCUUUUAAAGUGAUGCGUUUACUGGGAGGAUUCGGCUGUUUUAUGCUCGCUACGCCGCUCAUCCUGAUGCAUUUCGACACAAAGCGCUUCGAGGCCGAGUUGGAGCGUCGAAGGCAGGAAGAGGCCGCAAGGGAGGAUUAG